GUCCAUAAUGAACGUCUCUGCAGCGUGCCUCUCCAUCAUCCUCAUUGCUGCCCUCUUUUCUCAGGCUUCUCCUGCUCCAAUUGGGGCUGACACAACUGUGUGCUGCUUCAGCUACACCUUACGAAAGCUGCCCCAGAGUCAUGUGAAGGAUUAUUUCUACACCAGCAGCAAGUGCUCACAGCCAGCAGUUGUGUUCAUCACCAGGAAGGAGCGGGAGGUCUGUGCUAACCCUGAUGCCAGGUGGGUGAAGGAAUACGUGAAUGCCCUGGAACUGCAGUGA